AUGGAAAUCUCUGCUUUCCCAUUUCCAUACCUACAAGACGACGAGUGUUCCCAUUUCCUUGGUCUAUUUCAAGACAUGGACUCUUCUCCUUCUGGUUUUGGAUUAGAAGGUUUUGGUAACGACAAUACUAAUAACAAUCCCAAGAAACGCCCAAGAAAGGAAGACGAAGAAGCUGGAGCAGGAGGAGGAGCUGUGAAUGGUAGUAGUAAUAAGGCUGCGUUUGGAGAUAUACUCGCGACGCUUUUGUUAUUGGACGAAGAAGCAAAACAGCAACAAGAACAGUGGGAUUUCGAAACUAAUCGAGAAAAGUCUCUUCUUGAAGCUAAUCACAAGAAGAAAGUGAAUACAAUGGAUGGUUACUACAAUCAGUUACAAGGUCAUUACUCUGAAGCUGGGGAAACAGACAGUUCGCGUUCGAAACGCGCUCGAAAAUCCGCGGUUGCUGCUGCAGUUUCCGCGGUAGCUUCCGCGGAAGACGCAGCUCCUCCUCCGGUUCAAACCGCGGAUAUCGCUAGCGGUUCCGGGUCUGGACCGGGUCAUAGGAGGUUAUGGGUGAAAGAACGGACGACUGAUUGGUGGGACCGGGUUAGUCGACCAGACUUUCCGGAGGAAGAGUUCCGGCGAGAGUUUCGGAUGAGCAAAUCGACGUUUGAUCUGAUCUGCGAGGAGCUAGACGCGACGGUGACAAAGAAAAACACGAUGCUCCGUGACGCGAUCCCAGCUCCAAAACGCGUGGGCGUUUGCGUUUGGCGUUUAGCAACCGGAGCACCUCUCCGCCACGUGUCGGAGCGGUUCGGUCUGGGGAUCUCAACUUGCCACAAGCUAGUCAUCGAAGUCUGCCGAGCGAUCUACGACGUUCUGAUGCCGAAAUAUCUCCGGUGGCCUUCCGAUUCAGAGAUCCAAUCAGCAAAACAGAAAUUCGAAUCGAUCCACAAAAUCCCAAACGUAGUCGGAUCGAUCUACACCACACAUAUCCCGAUCAUCGCUCCGAAAGUCCAGGUGGCGGCUUAUUUCAACAAGAGACACACCGAGAGGAACCAGAAGACGUCGUACUCGAUCACCGUCCAAGGAGUGGUUAACUCCGACGGGAUCUUCACCGACGUAUGCAUCGGAAACCCAGGAUCUCUCACCGACGAUCAGAUCUUAGAGAAAUCGUCGCUUUCACGGCAAAGAGCGGCGCGUGGGAUGCUACGCGAUAGCUGGAUCGUCGGAAACGCGGGGUUUCCGUUGACGGAUUGGCUUCUCGUGCCUUACGCGAGGCAGAAUCUGACGUGGACGCAGCACGCGUUUAACGAGAGUAUUGGAGGGAUACAGAAAACGGCGGUUGAAGCGUUUGAGAGGCUUAAAGGAAGGUGGGCUUGUCUGCAGAAAAGGACGGAGGUUAAGCUACUGGAUCUGCCGUAUGUGCUCGGAGCUUGUUGUGUGUUGCAUAACAUUUGUGAGAUGAGGAAAGAGGAGAUGUCGCCGGAGCUUAAGUUUGAGGUUUUUGAUGAUGUAACGGUGCCGGAGAAUAAUCUCCGAUCUGCGAAUGCGGUUAAUACGAGGGAUCAUAUCUCUCAUAAUCUACUGCAUCGUGGACUCGCUGGCACAAGAACUCUAUAG